AAACGCGUAUGCGAGUCAUAACUUACUUAUAACAGCAUACGACGCUAUCAAUGUGUUGUUGGGCCAGUUUCAAUAGAGAUAUUAUAUUUAUAUUGCUAACGCUUAUAUUCCCUAAAAAGUUCACACGUUUUUUAAAAUAUGUCUGUAUUUCACGCAAUAAUCCUGGCUAUUUUUCUGGCUAUCGGCUGUGACUGCUUGCUGGUUGGGUUUGCUAGAAUGGCAAAAAACGAUGAAAAAUGUCCGGAAGUUAGAGCAAGGAGUAAUUGUGAUUUGGAAGCAAUUAAAGGUACGUGGAAUGUAAUUGAUUAUUACGCUAGUUCUGAAGAAGCCCAAAUCUAUAGGUGUAUGAGAUCCACAUUUAAUUUAUCUCCGGAUGUGCCAGAAUUAUCUAUGAACUUUACUUAUAGUUACAUGGAUGAUCCAGAGAACGAACAAUUGUCUGGUAACAUCACUUGGCAUAUUCCAGACAUAGGACAGCCCGGGCAUUGGAUACACAUGGAGACACCAUAUGAAGGUGUUUAUAACACAUACGUGUUGGACUGUAAAGAAACGUGGGCUGUACUAUUACAUUGUGCCGAAAAACCAUCAAGUCCUCGAUAUUUAUCUACCAUACUCUUGUCCAGAGAAAAGACGGUACCAAAUAAUGUACGUAGCUAUGUGCACGGAAAACUGCCUAAGUACGGCGUUCAGCUCGAAUACAUGUUCCCGAUGGUCCAGGGCGACUGUAGCCCGACACAGAAUCCGUUGUAUUAUGCGACUAAAGUAUCAGCAAAGAAGGUCAAACACCCAAUGUUGCACAAACAUAAAAAUGGCGAAGCGGAUACGCAUAUUCAAAAUUAAUAAAUUUGCCCUAACCGAAUACGUAAACGUUUAAUGUCACCGACUCACGUAUAUUCAAAUAAUUUAAACGAAAGUGAUUCCACCACUCUGCCGAAUUGCCGCAACAUUGUAUUAAUUGGAAACGGAUUUUCAACGGUAUCCGUUCGGUGUAAAAUAUUUAUAAAAUUGUGUGACACGUAUACGAUACUAAUAAAAUAUGUAUAUAUUUUUUAGAAAAACAUUUUUCAGUAAUGCAACGGUUACAGUUUCAAAAAUCAAUUCCUUAGAAAUUAUUAUAUUUAUAAAAAAUGAAUUGAAGAAUUGUAAUGAGAAUUUUCUUAAAACUUCAUAUAUCUCACUGAAAAAUUAAUCUAAAUGUUAUUGU